CCAACGUACCAGCUGUUGUCAUGCUUUCAAAACAAAAACCUAACCUCUUUUUGCAAUCAGUUACUAAAAUAUUUGUUGUUUUUACUAGUUAUUUGUAAUUUUUCAUGAAACUAUAUCCCUAAAUUAUGGUUUACGAAUGUGUAAGCUUACACUAGAAAUUGGCGAUAGUUUUAUUAUAAUAUUCUAACAUCAUGGAUACGUCAGAGAUAGUGAACACUAUCUUUCUUGGAGAGGUAUUGAACGUGCACAACUACGGAGCGUUUGUGCAAAUUCCGGGACGUCGAGAACAGGGACUGGUUCAUCGUAGCCAAAUAUCUUCAGCCUCAGUUGAUGAUGCCUCUGAAGUAUUGCAAAGGGGUGAUAGAGUCUGGUGUAAAGUCAUCGAAAUUACGGAUGAUGGAAAAGUAUCACUCUCCAUGAAGGUGGUACAGCAAGGAUCUGGGAAGGAUUUGGAUCCGACUGGAGUUCAGAUUCAUCAGGACAAAGUGAGACGUAUGAGCCAGCCUCAGUCGGGAGGCCGUAGAGCUAUCAAACUGGAGGCUGUACUAAACACCACCUGCUCAAAAUGUGGCACCCGUGGACAUCUAGCCAACAACUGUUUCCAGAGUCGUGGAGGAAAAACCUACGAACUGUUACCUGAAGAAGAUGAUGAAGAAGACGAGGCCAAGCUGGCUGAGGAUCUAGAGAAGGCAAAGCAGAUAAAACGAGAAGAGAAGCGGCGAGAAAAGGAGGAGAGGAGGAGAAAGAAGAAGGCCAAAAAGGAGAAGAAGGCGGCUAAGAAAGCCGAGAAGAAGGAGAAGAAGGCAAAGAAGAAGAGAAGUCGGUCAACGUCUUCUGAGAGCUCGAGCUCUUCUUCUGAGAGCGAAGAGGAACCGAAAAAGAAGAAGCGAAAACGGGAUAGAAGUAAGGACCGCUCACAUUCCAAACGAUCUCGGUGAUAAUUAAUUAGUAAGUGGUUAGAUGGAUAAAUUAAUCAGUGAAUAUACGAAUCAAUGAAUAUAAAAAUCAUUAGACUAUAGAAAAGUUAGUAAUAUAGCAUUAAACUACACGAUUCUCAAUAUUAAUUAAGUAUUAUAACGUAUUGAAAUUGUCUUAUCUAUUUUCAUCUUGUUUUUGUAUUGGCUUAAUGUCUAUUUUCAACUCAUAAAUGAAUGUAAGACAGCAAUAAAGAAUAAAUAAAUAAAUAAAUUGUAAAUUUGAAUAACUCUAAAUUGAUGUACCUCUUUUUCUAUUAAAGUAGGUAGCUUGAAUAAACUACAGUAUAUUAUAUUAUCUGUAUCAGAUUCACUUUCUUAUUUCAGGGCUACUAAUAUAUUUACAUACAAAUUAAAAAUCA